AUGAGAGAAAUAAUAAGCAUACACAUAGGGCAAGCCGGGAUUCAGGUCGGGAAUUCUUGCUGGGAGCUGUACUGCCUCGAGCAUGGUAUUCAGCCAGAUGGCAUGAUGCCUAGUGACACCACGUUCGGUGUGGGGCAUGAUGCUUUCAACACCUUCUUCAGCGAGACUGGAUCAGGAAAGCAUGUACCAAGAGCUAUAUUUGUUGAUCUUGAACCUACGGUUAUUGAUGAAGUCAGAACUGGGACUUAUCGCCAGCUUUUCCACCCGGAACAGCUCAUCUCUGGAAAGGAAGAUGCCGCCAACAAUUUCGCUAGAGGCCAUUAUACUGUUGGGAAAGAGAUUGUUGAUUUAUGCCUUGACCGAGUAAGGAAGUUGGCUGAUAACUGCACAGGCUUGCAAGGGUUUUUGGUUUUCAAUGCUGUAGGUGGCGGUACUGGUUCUGGAUUGGGUUCUUUACUCUUGGAACGCCUCUCUGUUGACUACGGAAAGAAGUCAAAGCUUGGUUUCACCAUCUAUCCUUCACCCCAGGUGUCCACUGCAGUUGUUGAGCCAUACAAUAGUGUUCUCUCCACUCAUUCUCUUCUCGAGCACACUGAUGUGGCAGUCCUCUUGGACAAUGAAGCCAUUUACGAUAUUUGCCGCAGGUCUUUAGAUAUCGAGAGGCCAACAUACACCAAUUUGAAUCGAUUGAUUUCUCAAGUUAUUUCAUCUUUGACUACUUCUUUGCGUUUCGAUGGGGCCAUUAAUGUCGAUGUGACUGAGUUCCAAACCAAUCUUGUACCAUAUCCUCGCAUCCAUUUCAUGCUCUCGUCAUACGCACCCGUGAUAUCAGCCGAGAAAGCAUACCAUGAACAGCUAUCUGUACCUGAGAUCACAAAUGCAGUAUUUGAACCAUCCAGUAUGAUGGCAAAAUGUGAUCCACGACAUGGGAAAUACAUGGCUUGUUGUUUAAUGUAUCGUGGAGAUGUUGUUCCCAAGGAUGUCAAUGCUGCUGUUGCCACCAUCAAGACAAAACGAACUGUUCAGUUCGUGGACUGGUGCCCAACUGGAUUUAAGUGUGGAAUUAACUAUCAACCUCCAACGGUGGUGCCUGGAGGAGAUCUUGCCAAAGUGCAGCGAGCCGUGUGCAUGAUCAGCAACAACACAGCCGUGGCUGAAGUGUUUUCGCGCAUUGACCACAAAUUUGAUCUCAUGUAUUCAAAGAGGGCUUUUGUUCACUGGUACGUAGGGGAAGGAAUGGAGGAAGGUGAGUUCAGUGAAGCUCGUGAAGAUUUGGCUGCACUUGAAAAGGACUACGAAGAAGUUGGUGCAGAGGGUGUUGAGGAAGAAGACGAUGGUGAAGAUUAUUAAUAUAGUUCUAAGUUUGUUGAGUUGAGAGGGGGUUUGGAUUCUAAGUAGCCCCACUCUAUUUGUGUAUUAUUAAGGUUCCUGUUUUUAUUAUUGUACUAACUUUAGUUGGAUCCUACUUAUGUUUUCUCUCAAGUACUGUCUAAAUUUCUAUGGUAUGAAAAUAUGCAUCUCGACUUUUGCAAACUA